AGGAUAAUUGCCUUUUUUUAUUAACCAAAAAAAAAAAUGGCUAAUUUAUAUUUAUAUUGGUUAGUUGUCCUGCUAAUUGCAGGCUUUGCCAACACUGCGGAAAUUGGCGAUAUUGUAGAGCCUGAAGAAAUAGACCCCUUGGAAGUUUUAGACGAGGCUAAUGAUAAGCAACGCGAUGAACGUGGUAUUUUUGAUUACUUUAAGAAACCCCAACCGGCAGCUGAACCUCAGCCGGUGGCCGCUGCUUAUACGCAAACCAAAAAUGGUUAUGGCUUUAAAACAGCCAGUAAAACUAAUUAUGGUGGUACUGGCUAUGGUGUCUCUGGUGGUUAUGGUUCUUCCGGUGGCUAUGGUUCUCCUAGUAGCUAUCGCCCCUCUGGUGGCUAUGGAUCCCCUGCUGCCUACGGCUCUCCAUCUGGCGGUUACGGUGGUUAUGGCCCCUCUGCUGGUUUUAAUGCUGGCUAUGGUGCUAGUCCACAGGGAGGAUAUGGCUAUAAGACAGUACACAAUCAUGGUCAUAAUUUCGGAAGAGGUCGUCAACGUGGACAAAAUACAAACGAAUUGUUACAAACGGCUUUGAAUCAAGGCCAAUCAACUGCCCAAAAAACCAUGGACUUUCUUUUAAAUGCCCGCAAACAAUUGCCCAUGUUUGGUAAAUGCCCUGCCUAUCUUUUGCCCCCCAAUGUUCAAUAUUCCUGUCAAAAUAAUCAAUGUGAAGUCAACUGUCCCCCCAACUAUACUUUUCCUGAUGGCAAAACCACACUGAAACUGGUGUGCAUUGAAAGAAACUGGAUUGUACGUGAUUCGGUGUAUUUGGAAGUGCCACCAUGUCAACCUACUUGCAAUCCACCCUGUCAGAAUAAUGGUAUUUGCAUAGAGUCUGGUUUGUGCAAGUGUUCGGAUAGUUUUUCGGGACCCUUGUGUCAGCAUAAGAAAACGGUUUGUGCCUCCAAAGUGCCCAUACCCAAGAAUUCCAAGAUAACCUGUAUAAAUAAUGUGUGCAAUGCUGAGUGUAUGCGAGGUUUCCGUUUCCCCGAUGGCAGCACCAUCACCAAUAUAGAGUGUCAAAAUGGCCAAUGGUUGCAUACCAAAUCGGGCAUGGCUAAGCCUCCAGAUUGUGCUCCCAUUUGUGAACCAUCUUGUGAAAAUGGCGGCCAAUGUAUUUCCUUUAAUGUCUGCCAAUGCUCCAAGAAUUAUCGUGGUGAUCACUGCCAGUUCAGUAUAUCUGCGUGUAAUGUCACCAAAACCAAUUUCAAUGGCAAUUACAAGUGCGCCUAUGACAGUGAAAUGGCCAAGUGUACAUUUGGCUGUGCUGAUGUGCCCGGUCUUAAAGUGGAUGGUAGUUUGGAUAUUGAGUACAAGUGUAAAUACAGCGAGGGUAAAUUCUUCCCUUCACCCCUGCCCAAGUGCAUUUAUCCUUCCGGUUAUACCAUACGCGAGGGUUCUAAAUCGGCCCAUUACAGUCAAACACAACAGCAAAUAGCUAUGGGUAGUGGUGGCUCAUAUGGCUAUACCUAUAUGACAGAUCAUGAACGAAUAAUGGCUAUUUUGGCGAAAUUUAAGGAAUAUGAUGUUAGAAGUGAAAUGUGGUCCUCUGAAGAGAUUAUUAUCUCACCCAGCAGCUACUCUUUGUACAUGACUGGAAACAUAGAUCUUAUAGUCGAUCAGACACCCAAGCCUGCAUUCUGUACAACCUGGGGUGGCAACAAUAUGAAAACUUUUGAUGGUUUGGUAUUCAAGGCUCCUCUAUCCUGUUCUCAUACCUUGAUAAAUGACAAACAAGAUGCCACAUUUGAUAUCACUUUGAAAGCCUGUCCCUAUGGCUCUGGCUAUGGUUGUUCUCAUACUUUGAAAAUAUAUUGGCAAUCGGUUUUAUAUACCUUUGAAAAUCAAAAUGGUACUGUUCGUCUCUACACCCCCACCAAACAUCUGCCCAUACCGGUGCAGGUGAUGGGCAUGAAAGUGGUGCCCGUGGCCCAACAUUUACAAAUUGAUUUGGAGUCCAUAGGACUGCAAAUCGAUUGGGAUCGCCAUCAAUAUGUGGGUGUUCAUGCUGGUGCUGGUCUCUGGAAUCGUGUGGGUGGUCUGUGUGGCUCUUUGGAUGGUGACUAUAAGAAUGAUCUGAUGACCAAGACGGGCAUUAAAGUGGAAACUAUCAAGUCCUUUACCGAUGCUUGGCGUGUAGAGGAUACUUCGGAUUUGUGUAUCAUGGAGAAUAGUGCUGAGUUGGAAUUCGAUUCGAAGUCUUGUGAUCCUGAGAAACGCAAGAAGGCUCUUAAUGUCUGCGAAAGAUUGUUGGCCAAUGAGAAACUGGAGGAUUGCAUUAAAUCCUUUAAUUUUGAGGCUUUGCUGAAGACCUGUGUGGAUGACUAUUGCAAUUGCAAUAAUCAGGAACAUCCAGAGACUUGUAAUUGUGAUGCUUUGUCGAUGUUGGCCAAGGAGUGUAAUUUUAGAGGUGUUAAGCUGGAGCAUGGUUGGAGAAAUUUAGAAAUUUGCCCCAUUAGCUGCAGUUAUGGCCGUGUUUAUUUGCCCUGUGGCCCUGAUGUAGAGCCCACCUGUGAGUCAGCUGUCUUACCCACCAAAGGUAAAUGCAAUGAAGGCUGUUUCUGCCCAGAGGGUACUGUACAAUACAAAGAAGCCUGCAUAAAUCCCGAAUUAUGUCCCUGCACCAUGGGAGGCAAAGAAUUUAAGCCGGAGGUGACCAUCAAGAAGAACUGUAAUACUUGUACCUGCAAGGAUGGCAAAUGGAAGUGUAGCGAUGAAAAAUGCAAUGCCCGUUGUGGAGCCAUAGGUGAUCCUCAUUAUCAGACAUUUGAUGGCAAACGUUUUGAUUUCAUGGGCAAAUGCUCCUACUAUUUGUUGAAAACCCCCAAGUUGUCAGUGGAGGCUGAAAAUGUAGCCUGUUCCGGGCAAAUUUCCGAAAAUCUUAAAUUCGCUGCUGCCGAGGAUCCCGCUUGCACCAAAUCUGUUACCAUCAACUUUGUGCUAAAGAAUGGUGUUUCCACGAGCGUUAAACUGGAACAAGGUUUACUCACCCAUGUUAAUGGCAAAGAGGUAACGAAAUUCCCCAAACUGUUGGGUGCUGGUGAGGCGGUGAUACGUCAGGCCAGUUCUUCUUUCAUAACGGUGGAAUUCCCGGAUGGCAUUAAGGUUUGGUGGGAUGGUGUGUCCCGUGUUUACAUCGAUGCUCCGCCUAGUUAUCGUGGCAAAACGGCCGGUCUCUGUGGUACUUUCAAUUCCAAUACCCAAGAUGAUUUCCUAACGCCUGAGGGUGAUAUAGAGACAGCGGUGGAACCUUUUGCUGACAAAUGGCGCACCAAGGAUACUUGUGAUUACUUGACCCAAACACCCACAACUCCACAUCCUUGUACGGCCCAUCCCGAAAGAAAGGCAGAAGCUGAGAAAUAUUGCAACUGGAUAACAGAGGAUAUUUUCCAAGACUGUCAUUGGACCGUGGAGCCAGAGCAAUACUAUGAAGACUGUUUGUAUGAUGUGUGUGCCUGUGAAGGAGAAUUGUCCAAAUGUUUCUGUCCCAUAUUGUCUGCCUAUGGAGCGGAAUGCAUGCGCCAGGGCAUCAAGACCGGCUGGAGAAUGGCUGUCAAGGAGUGCGCUGUUAAAUGUCCCAUUGGCCAGGUGUAUGAUGAAUGCGGUGACAGCUGUGCUCACUCUUGCGAAGAUUUGGCCAACAAGAAAACUUGCAAAAAGGAGUGCGUAGAGGGUUGUCGCUGUCCCAAUGGCCAGUACUUGAACGAACACAACGAGUGUGUGCCGCAAAGCAAGUGUCAUUGCACUUACGAUGGCAUCACCUUCAAACCUGGCUACAAAGAGGUACGUCCCGGCUCUAAAUAUUUAGAUUUAUGCACCUGCACUAAUGGUGUGUGGGAAUGUGAAGAGGCUGAAGCCGGCGAUGAUGUCAAGUAUCCACCCUCAUCGGAGUUAAGAGCUGAAUGUGCCAAUCGUCCUUAUGCCGAGUUCUCCAAGUGUGUGGCCAAAGAACCUAAAACAUGCAAAAAUAUGCACGACUACCAACAGGAUUUGGAUGAGUGUGUGCCGGGCUGCCAGUGCAUGGAGAAUUAUGUGUAUGAUACCGCUUUAAAGAUGUGUGUGCUGCCAGAGAAAUGCUCGUGUCAUCAUGGUGGCAAGAGUUAUGCGGAUGGUGAAAAAAUUAAGGAGGACUGCAAUACCUGUGUUUGUCAAGCUGGUAAUUGGAAAUGUUCUUCAAAUGGUUGCGAAUCCACUUGUUCUGUUUGGGGUGAUUCUCAUUUCACAACAUUCGAUAAACAUGACUUUGAUUUCCAAGGUGCCUGCGACUAUGUUUUGGCCAAGGGGGUGUCCAAUAAUGGCGAUGGUUUUGCCAUCACCAUACAAAAUGUUUUGUGUGGCACCAUGGGUGUCACCUGCUCCAAAUCCGUGGAGAUUUCUCUAACUGGCAGUGUUCAAGAUACUUUGACGUUAACGGGAGAUUCAUCCUAUCUGGAGGAUAUCAAUAAAUCUGUUAUGAAUAAAUUACGCGAAACCAUUAACUCAAAGACUCAUGGUGCCUUCCAUGUGUAUAGAGCUGGUGUUUUUAUAGUCAUCGAAGUCUUGCCGCUGCACUUGCAAAUCAAAUGGGAUGAGGGCACACGUGUCUAUGUUAAACUUGGCAAUGAAUGGAAGAAUAAAGUUGGUGGUUUGUGCGGCAAUUACAAUGACAAUGCUAUGGAUGAUAUGCAAACACCUUCACAGGCUUUGGAAACCAGUCCAUUAAUAUUCGGUCAUUCGUGGCGUGUGCAAAAGUAUUGCGAAGUGCCGAAAAAACCCAUCGAUGCAUGCAAAGAACAUCCACAACGCGAAACAUGGGCACAAUUGAAAUGUGGCGUACUUAAAUCCAAUCUUUUUAAGGAGUGUCAUGCUGAAGUGCCAGUUGAAAUGUAUUUGAAACGUUGUAUAUUCGAUACCUGUGCCUGUGAUCAAGGCGGUGACUGUGAGUGUCUUUGCACAGCGGUGGCAGCCUAUUCACAUGCCUGCUCGCAAAAGGGCAUAAACAUUAGAUGGCGUACACCACAUUUCUGUCCUAUGCAAUGUGAUCCUCACUGUUCGGAAUACAAAUCCUGUACUCCCGCCUGUGCUGUGGAAACUUGUGAUAACUUCCUGGAUCAAAGCUUUGGUGAACACAUGUGUAAAACUGAAAACUGUAUUGAAGGCUGUCACAUCAAACCGUGCGAUGAAGGCAUGAUCUAUCUAAAUGACACGUACAAGGAGUGCGUAUCCAAAUCGGAAUGUAAACCCAUAUGUAUGAUUAAGGAUGGCAAGACCUAUUAUGAGGGAGAGGUGACCUAUCAAGAUGAGUGUGCCACUUGCAGAUGUUCCAAGAAGAAAGAAGUAUGCAGUGGGGUGAAAUGCGAAGAAAAACCUAGCACUGAAAAGACACUCAUAGAGGGAACAACAGUGGUGUCGGGAGAUCAGGAGCAACCCAAAUGUACUAAGGGCUGGACUAGAUGGAUUGAUGAAGAUCAUGAUCUUUCGGGUAAAUUGGUGCGUUUGAAUGAUGAUGAAAAUCUGCCACGCUAUGACUACCAUGAACGUGUGUUCGGGUCUUGCAAAAAGCAACACAUGAAGAAGAUCGAAUGUCGGGUGGUGGGAACUCACGAGUCUUCGGACUUUAUGGAUGAGAAUGUUUUCUGUAAUUUACAAGAUGGCCUUUCAUGUAUUGGCCAGUGUCAUGACUAUGAGCUGAGAGUAUUCUGUGAUUGUGACGAGGAGGUGGUGACCACACCCAAGCCAACAGAGAAACCAGAAAUUGGCAAGAUCUGUGAUAGCAUAAUGGCUGAGUAUAAGGAAUAUCCGGGAGAUUGUCACAAAUUCUUGCACUGUCAACCCAAGAACAAUGACGAAUGGCAUUAUGUGGAGAAGACCUGUGGCGAAAAUAUGAUGUUUAAUCCCAUUAUGAAUGUAUGUGAUCAUAUCUUUACCGUGCAAGAAAUUAAGCCAAUGUGCAAGGAGAAGGAAGAAAAGGAAUUUGAGAAAAUUGUAGACUGUCCGGAGGGUCAAGUGAUGUCGGAGUGUGCCAAUCAGUGUGAGCAUACCUGCCACUUCUAUGCCACGAGCUUGACUUUGCGCGGCUUGUGCGAGCCUGGUGAACAUUGUAAACAGGGUUGUGUGGAUAAAAAUCGUCCCGAUUGCCCAUCGAUGGAUAAGUACUGGCGUGAUGAAAACACCUGUGUGGAAGUGGAUGAAUGUCCUUGCAUGGAUAAGAGUGAGAAAUAUGUACAGCCUCACAUGCCAUUCAUGAGUGAAUGGGAAGUUUGCCAGUGCAUUGAUAAUGCUUACACUUGCGUGCCCAUUAAAAUGGAAGAAGCCACACCAGCUCCCGUGACCCAAGUUACCGAGGCUAUAAAUAAUGUUACUGUGGUCUUCCCUGUAACCGUAACACCACCCAAACACUGUGACCCCAAUCUUAUGAUUCCCAUUAUUGAGGGAGAAGAACCUUUGCCUGAUUCUGUGUUCAGUGCCAGCUCUACCUUAAGUCCUAAGUAUUCUCCCCACAAGGGCCGAUUAACCAAGAAUCCUAAAGACAAGACUGGUGCCUGGUCGCCCAUGAUUAAUGAUCAAAUGCAGUAUUUGCAAAUCAACUUGCCAGAACAGGAACCUUUGUUUGGUGUCAUCAUGGCGGGUAAUACCGAUUAUGAUAACUAUGUUACCUUGUUUAAGAUCUUAUAUAGCCACGAUGGUGAAGCCUACCAUUAUUUGGUGGACGAAACCGACAAGCCUCAAAUGUUCAAUGGUCCUUUGGAUUCUCGCUCUCCUGUGAAGACACUAUUCAAAAUCCCCAUAGAAGCCAAGUCGCUGCGUUUGUAUCCUCUCAAAUGGCACAAUUCCAUAGCCAUGCGUGUGGAACUGUUAGGCUGUGGCCAGCCACAAACCACCACCACUACACCGGCCACCAUAACCCAAGCUCCUGCUAAGAUAACCACACCCUCCACCGAACAUCCCAUUAUUAUGGAGGAUGAGUUACAGUGUACCGACAAAAUGGGUGUAGAAAAUGGACAAAUGACUCCCAAUCAGGUGAAGGCCAGCAGUAUUUGGCAGUUGCCCAAACCGGCCAGGAAACCCAAACUCAUAGAUCUUUUGAAAUUGUCCUCGCCCGUGGGUUGGAAACCGGUGGUUAAUACUCCCAAUGAGUAUAUAGAAUUUGACUUCCUAGAGCCCCGUAACAUUUCAGGCUUUAUUACGAAAGGUGGUCCCCAUGGCUGGGUUACUGGCUAUCGGGUAUUGUUCUCGAAGAAUAAACUGAUCUGGAAUAAGGUAUUGAAUUUGGAUGGUCAGCCCAGAAUAUUCCCCGCCAAUCAUGACAAGGAUACGGAACAGAUUAGCUACUUCAAGACACCCAUAUUGACGCAAUACAUUAAGGUGUCGCCGGCCCAAUGGGAGGAGAAUAUUAAUAUGCGCAUUGAGCCAGUGGGAUGUUUUGAGAAUUAUCCUGAGACCCAAGAACGUGUUGUGGAAUUGGAGAAGCCUGUGUCCAGCUCAUGCUUGGCCUGUGAUGGUCUUACGGAUGCUCCUGAUGCCCAGGGUAAAUGCAAGUGCAAAGAUGGUCUCUUCUGGGAUGGUAAUAACUGUGUUCAAAGCAAUUUGUGCCCCUGUGUGGAGAACUAUUUGAGCUAUCCCAUUGGUUCUAAGUUCGAAAACAAAGAUUGUGAGGAAUGUGUUUGUGUUUUGGGUGGCCACAGUAGCUGCAAGCCCAAAAAGUGUCCUCCCUGUGAGGGUAAAGACUUACGUCCUGUGGUAGCUGCUGGCUGUUAUUGUAAAUGUGAACCCUGUCCUAAGCAUCAGAAACUUUGUCCCUCCAGUGGUGACUGUAUACCCGAGGUAUUGUGGUGCAAUGGCAUUAGGGAUUGUGCGGAUGAUGAAGAUAAUACCUGCCAAGAUAAGUUCGUGGUAACGCCUCAGCCCAAUAUACAAAAGAAUGAGACUGAGAUCAUUACCUGUCCGGUACCCGAAUGUCCUCCUAAAAUGAAGAUGAAGAUCACCGAAAAGAAACAAAGGAAAAUGUCCAGCAUGUUUACCUCCACUUUCAACAAACGAGUCACCGUAAGCAAUGAUGGCAAUAAGAUUACCAAAACAAAGGUUAUCUCUUCCUCCACCGAGUAUUUGGGUAAACCUCAAGAUGCCCAAGAUUAUUUGCAAGAAGAUGACUGCGAAGAGUUCACUUGCGUGCCCAUACGCGAGGUUGUCAUACAAAAGAAUGAGUCAGUGACCUGCACGGAACCCAAGUGUCCUGCUAACUAUAUGAUUGAAUUGGAUAUGUCUUCGGCUAAGGCUCAUGAUUGUCCCAAAUAUGCUUGUGUCCUGAAACCCAAUAAGGAUGAUGUUUGUGAGAUAAGUGGCAAAACAUUUACCACUUUCGAUGGCACUGAAUUUAAAUACGAUACCUGUUCGCAUAUAUUGGCCAGAGAUGUGGUGAACUCCUCGUGGGUAAUAUCAGUUCAUCUGCAGUGUACCGAUGAUACUCGUAAAUUCUGUCGCAAAACUAUAACCAUCAAGGAUCUGGAGAAACAGGCUGUACUUACCAUAAUGCCCAAUAUGCGUGUCAACUUCAAUGGCUUUGACUAUUCCGUAAAACAACUAAUCAAUUCGCCCAUCUGCAAGGCCUCCUUUGUGCUCUCCCAGCCGGGCAAUACAGUGUUGGUGGUGUCACCAAAACGUGGCUUCUGGGUGCUAUACGAUGACAUUGGCUACAUAAAGAUUGGCAUGUCCUCCAAAUUCAUUAAGACAGUUGAUGGUUUGUGCGGUUUCUAUGAUGGCAAUGCCAGCAAUGACAAGCGGGCACCAGAUGGCACCAUUAUCGCUAACACUGUGAAGUUUGGUGACAGCUGGUUUGACAAGAAAACACCUAAGGAUGAAUGUUAUGCACAAACUUGUCCUUUAGCUUUGCAAAAGAAGGCUUUGGCCUUAUGCAAUACCAUUAAACACCCCACAUUCCUGAAGUGCGGCAAGUCGGUCAAUUAUAAACAAUUCGUUAGCAAAUGCAUGGAAACCACUUGUGAAUGCCUGAAGGCCAACAGUGGUGAUGCAAAUACAUGCAAAUGUAACAUUUUGCAAGAUUUUGUUAAAAAAUGCUUAACAGUUAAUCCAAUGGUACAAUUGUCUACUUGGAGAGCUGUACAUCAAUGUGAAAUUUCAUGUCCGGCUCCUUUGGUACAUUCGGAUUGUUACAAGAGACGUUGUGAGCCUUCUUGUGAUACACUGAACAGUGAUGAUUGUCCUGUUAUUGAAGAUGCCUGCUUUUCGGGUUGCUAUUGUCCGGAGGGUACUGUGCGCAAGGGUGAGACUUGUGUUCCCAUUGCUGAGUGCAAGGAUUGUGUGUGCAAUACAAUUGGUUCGACGAAAUAUUUCACUUAUGAUCGCAAUAAGUUUACAUUCAAUGGCAAUUGUACGUAUUUGUUGUCCAGAGAUAUUGUGUUGCCGGGAGUUCAUACGUUCCAGGUCUAUGUCAGCAUGGACGACUGCCACAAACUGGGCAAACUCUCAGCUCCUGCGCACUCCAGCUGCGCCAAAUCCCUGCACGUACUCAACGGUGAUCAUGUCAUACAUAUCCAGCGAAUGGCCGACAAUCCCAGAGCCCUGCAAACCUUUGUUGAUGGUUUUGAGGUAAAGAAAAUGCCCUACAAAGACACCUGGAUUAAUCUAAAGGAAAUACCCGGCAAGGAACUAAUACUCAAUCUACCCGAAGCUCAUGUUGAACUCAAGGCAGCCUUUGAUGAUCUAAUCUUUUCGAUUGGUGUGCCCAGUGUUAAGUAUGGCAGUAAAAUGGAGGGCUUGUGCGGUGACUGUGAUGGUAAUCCCAACAAUGAUUUGCAAGAGAACCCAGCUAAGAAGAAGGGCAAGAGACCCAGCAAAGAGCUGGUGGAUAUUGUUAAUUCCUGGCAGGCGGAUGAGCCUAAAUUGGGCUUGGAUCCUAAUGAGUGUAUGAGUGAGAUUGAUGUGGAGGAAGAGUGUCUGCCUUUGCCACCCGAGAAGGAUCCCUGCAUGGUGUUGUUUGACGAUGAGCUGUUUGGAGCCUGCAAUAAUAUUGUGGAUCCUUUGCCUUAUAUCUCCUCGUGCCAGCAAGAUAUGUGCAAACCGGGUAAUACCCAAAAGGGUUCUUGUGAAACUUUGACGGCCUAUGUCAAGGAGUGUGCUGCCCAGGGUAUUUGCUUGAAUUGGCGUUCUCCUGAUUUGUGUCCCUAUGACUGUCCCAGCGAUAUGAUUUAUGAAUCUUGCGGCUGUGCCAAGUCCUGUGAAACUUUGGAGAAUCUUAACCAAUUCCAGGCGGUCAAUAUGAAGACAAAUACUUUUGUUAAUACCGUAACCACUGAUGAGCUUUGCCCUCAAUCAGAACGUUUUGAAGGCUGCUUCUGUCCUCACGGCAAAGUUAUGGAGAAGGGUAAAUGUAUUAGCGAGGAAUUGUGUGUUAAAUGCGAAGAUCCCGAACACAUGCCGGGCGAGAGAUGGCAAAAGGAUAAUUGCACAGAGUGUUUGUGUGACAAGAGUGGCAAGACUCAGUGUGUGGAACGUAAGUGCUUGGUAGAGGAAAAUAUAUGCGCAGAAGGUUAUAUGCCACAAAAGAAGGCCUCGGAUGAUUUGUGUUGUCCCAGAUAUAUAUGUGUGCCAGAACCAAAACUGCCACCGGCCAAGAUAUGCCUAGAGCCAAUAAUGCCAGAAUGUGGUCCAGGACAAUUUAAAAAACAAAAGACCGGAUCAGAUGGCUGUCCUCAGUAUAUAUGUGAAUGCAAACCCAAGGAAGAAUGUGAGGCUUUGGUGCCACCUCCUUUGAAACCUGGCGAGAAAAUAGUGAAAAUUGAAGAGGGCUGUUGUCCCACCCAAAAAGUGGUGUGUGACAAAACCACUUGCCCUGCCAAACCAGCAUCAUGUAUUGAGGAAUUCUAUGAAGUCUAUCAGAAACAAGAACCCAACGACUGCUGCCCCACUUACUAUUGCGGUCCACCCAAGGAUGUUUGUAUUGUGGAGUAUGUGCCCAAUAAAAAGUUCACCAAGAAAUUGUCAGAAAAAUGGGUACAUCCCACUGAUCCUUGCAAGCAUGAACAAUGUACCUACGGUCCCAAUGAUUCCUUGCUAGUAUCCACUCUACAGGAAACCUGUGAUAAUAGAUGCGCUCCAGGUUUUGAGUAUGUUAUCAGGGAUAUUACAAAAUGUUGUGGUGAAUGUGUGCAGACACAGUGUGUCUUCGAAGGAGAGAUGUUUGAGCCUUUGCAAGAAUGGAAGUCCGAGGACAAUUGUACCGCCUACACUUGCAUUAGAAAGAAUGAAGUGUUGCUAGUAAGUUCUAUGAAGGAAUCUUGCCCGGAUGUUAGUAAAUGUCCAGAACAUUUGCUGACCCAGGAAGAAGGUAGCUGCUGCAAGUAUUGUAAGGAGGAACCUUAUAAGGAAGAUCUUACAAAUUGUUUGCCAGUUUCUUUGGCUGAAUCGGAAACCCAACAUAUGGUUAAGGUAUUAAAUAUGGCCCAUGGUUACUGUGUUAACAAAGAACCCAUACAAGGAUUCACCGAAUGCAGUGGUGCCUGCAACUCAGGCUCCAAAUACAAUAAACUCACCUUGGGCCAAGACAAAAUCUGCCAAUGUUGCAGCAUUAAGACCUACAAACAAAUCAAUGUACAACUUAUUUGCGAGGAUGGCUAUAAGAUCCAACAGGAACUGGAAAUUCCCGCUACUUGUGGCUGCAAUCCCUGUGAGGAUUCUGUUGAAUAUAUGAGUAAAAAUGGUCAAUAUGCUCUGCCCAUGGCUGAGUUUAUAAGACGUUGAGAUUAAUUGUGGACUUUUUGUAAAUGACUCGGGCUUUGCUGUGUUAAUUGUAAUUUAGCGUUUAAGUUUUAUUAUUUUAUUGUUUUAUUCCACUUACAAUAUUGUCUUUUAAAAUGAGAAAUGUAGUGGAAAUUUUAGUUUUUAGGAUAUAUGUUUAAAUAUAAAAAAUAUGCAUG